UAAGUGCAGUCGGUUACAACCAUCGCUGUAUUUCAGUUGAAAAUUUGUGUACUUAAAUUGAAUCAUUUUUAAUACACAAAUGUCGGGUUGCUGUUUAGCAGAAUUUGUUGGCUGGUCAGCUUUGGCCAUUAUUGCAGCCAACUCCUUGUAUAAUGUGUGUCAUUUUAUUUACACAACUUUUUUGGGCCGCCUAUUAGGACAUGGCAUCGAUCUUAAAUCUUGUGGGCCAUGGGCAGUGGUCACCGGUGCUACCGAUGGCAUAGGCAAAUCCUUCGCCAAACAACUCGCUGCAGCUCGCCUUAACGUCGUCCUAAUCAGUCGGAAUUCCACAAAAUUACAGAAAGUGGCCGAUGAAAUUAAAAGUGAAUACAGUUCGAUCCAGGUGAAAACGAUCGCCGUAGACUUCACCGAAAGCCAGAAAAUCUACAACACUCUGAGAGAUGAACUGAACAAGUUGCAAAUCGGCAUUUUGGUCAACAACGUUGGCAUGUUGAUCGGAUUCGGCCAGCGCUUUGGCAAUAUAGAAGACGAUAAGGGCAUUCACGAUAUAAUCAACUGUAAUGUUUUGAGCAUGGCGCGCAUGUGCCACAUCGUUUUGCCUCAAAUGACCCAACGCAAAAAGGGUGUCAUCGUCAACGUGGGAUCACUUACAAGCACAAUACCUACACCAUAUCUCACCAUUUACGGUGCUACAAAAGCAUUUGUUGACAAAUUCUCACGAGAUUUGGCAGCUGAAGUCAAGUCGUUGGGUGUUACAAUCCAAACUGUGCAUCCUGGUUAUGUGGCCACAAACAUGGCGAGUCACAUGAAGCCUUCUCUAGUUAGUCCCCAUCCAGAUACGUUUGCCGCAGCAACGCUGAAUACUCUUGGAUUAGAGCAGCGAACGGCAGGAUAUUGGACUCAUAAAAUACAGUUGUAUUUCACCGAUCUUGCAAAUUUCUUUGUGCCGCGUCACGUGUUAGAAAAGGGUGCGAUUAAGCAUUUUGGCGAAUUAAAGAAAGCUGCCCUAAAAAAGACAUCUCGCUAAAACACGAUUUCCGAUUCUGCUUUAGUGGACAGAAAUACAACGAUCUUUGUUGUCCGAA